AACAAUCAUAACCGGCAGUGGAGGCAUAGACGACUGGGCGGCCGACCACAACGCAAUCUUUGGACCCGCUAAGUACCAGCUGUUAGACGCAUCACGAAGACUAACACCGGCUACCUUCCAGCCACACAAACGUGUACCAGAGCCCCGACCAAACCUAAGGCUGGGCACGCAUCUCAUCAAACCGGCUUCCUCGGUCAAGCUGUUAGGAAUCCACAUCGACCAACAACUGAGAUGGAAGGAACAGCGUGCGGCAAUCUUAAGGAAGGGACAGGCAUGGCUGUCAAAGGUCGGCCGUUUUGGUAAACCGACGAGGAGCAUACGCCCAGCACAGAUGAGACGGCUAUACUUAGCAACCUGCCUACCGAGACUACUGUAUGGCGCGGACAUCUUCCUAAACCCGACAACACGGAAACACCGAGCCUCAAAAACGCGCAGUAUCCUACCCCAGCUUCGAACGAUCCAGCGGCGCGCAGCCAUCCUCAUCACCGGGGCCAUGGCCACGACAGCGACAGACGCCCUAAAUGCCCACGCCAAUCUCCUCCCGAUCGAGCACACCAUCGACAAACACCGGCACCGGGCAGCCACAAGGCUAGCAACGCUCCCACGCACGCACCCCAUACACAAAGCGCUAAAGGAAAUACGCCGGACAAAGCCGAGGAAACACAAAGCGCCGCUGCAAGCGCUAAUGGAGGAGUACGACAUCAACCCGUUGGCGAUGGAAAAGAUAGCGGCUGUGCGAUAUGAGCCAGGAUGGGAACCCAUGACGACCACGGAGAUACGAGGUUCGAAAGAGGCAGCCAUAGAGGCGGAAAGGGAAGACGAAGCAGAGUGGAAGGCUUACACAGACGGCUCGGGCAUUGGUGGACACAUAGGAAACACUUGGGCAGCGCGGCGCAUCACACGGUAUACAAAGGCGAGGGAAUCGGGCUGAAUCUAGCCGUCGGCCUACUGAGAGCGCAGCAAAACGUGGAGGGGAACGUAUCCGUUUUUGUUGACAACACGGCGGCGAUCAUGGCCACACACAACACGACCUCAGCACCCUCGCAUUACAUAUGGGACGCCCUACACGAGGCCCUCGAACAGCUACACGAAACACACCCGCGAGCCCGCGUCACCUUCAAGUGGGCUCCAGGCCAUAAAGAUAUUCAGGGCAAUGAGGCGGCAGACGAAGAAGCAAAGAAGGCGGCGGACCCAGGGACACAAAGCGACGGCGACGCAUACUUAUGCCGGCCCCUACGUGGCACGCUCCCACGCAGCAAAUCAGCGACAAUCCAGGACUUCCACGAAGGACUGAGGACCCGAACCCAGAAUGAAUGGGUCACCUCGCCUAGAUACCCCCGCCUACGCGCGCUGCUACCCAAACCACUAGCAGGACUAUGGCUAAAACACAUCGCAGCCCUUCCCAAGACGCACGCAUCCAUCAUGAUUCGGUUACGCACGGGCCACCUGCCACUCGCGCGACACCUGCACACCAUAAAACGCGCCGACUCACCAGUAUGCCCUUGCUGCCACCGCGAAGACGAAUCCGUACGCCACUACCUCCUGCACUGCCCAGCGCACGCCAACGCCGGGGGAACUUAAUACGGCGCGCAGGCCGCCACGCCCAGGACCUCGAGAAACUUCUAUCGCGACCUGACCUCACCCGCCACCUACUGCGUUUCGUCGCCCAAACCGGCCGAUUCAGAGCGAUAUUCGGCGAAAUAGAGGACCUCCCAGAACCGACCCCACAACGAAAGCGGCCGAAUCCACGCCCGGCCCCAACCCGAACAAGGCGCACCACCCGGCAGGCAACCAGACGACAAGCGUGAACGAACAGGACUGUUUUCCUGUAAUUAUAUAUGUACAAUACUAACCACACCAUAGCAUGGCCCCGGCCAGCAGCGCACAACCAGCUGCACCCAUCGCGAGGUGGACAAAGCUUUGCGAAAGGAAACCGACACGAGUGGGACGCCCAAUACGAAAAAGAAUAAUUAGUGUAUAGAGAGUCCCUACCAUAUCUUUAGAGACAAAGGGGAAUAAAAGAGGAAAUUAAUAAUAAUAAUAAGUCGGUGU